AUGUUCUGUGGGAAAGUAGCUGGACGCCCCCAAUCUCGAUUCGCAUUAUCGUCCUCCUCGAAGGCAUCCCGUGGUCGUCAGGUGGCAAUUAAAUCUCCACCAACCAGUCGGUCACAUUCACCUGAGUUUAUGUCGUUCUUCGGCCGCACCUACAACAACCUGUCAUCGAUUUCGGAGUGCAAAAACAACGGAGAAUGUGUAAUCAACAAGAAGAACCGCACCGCCUGCAAAGCCUGUCGAUUGCGCAAAUGUCUGGUAGUGGGAAUGUCCAAAAGUGGAUCUCGAUACGGUCGUCGCUCGAAUUGGUUCAAGAUACACUGUUUGCUGCAGGAACAACAGGCCCACAAAAAUAGCAGUAAUAAUAAUAACAACAGUUUAACGAGUAAUAAUAACAACAGUGGAAGUGAAACCGGAAGUAGCAACAACAACGGAAGCAGUAACGGUAACAGUGGGAACAGCACUUCACCAGCCUUGCUGCCAAAUGGGUUCCUGCCUACGAAUUUCCUCUCGAAUCUGUGUAACAAUAAUAACAACACAUUGAACAACAACAACCUGAAGGUGAAACGGGAACUGAAGAGGCCAAGCUCAGCAAGCGAUUCUGGAGCAUCCUCUGCAGAUCUCGAUGAAAGCUCGGUACUAAAAGAUGCCUUCCUGAGUCACAGUCGGAAUCUGUCCCCGAAGGUCGAAAUACCGGAAAUCACUUUGACCAAAAUCAGCCCUAAAGUUAGUCGAACUUCCUCGAGUUCCUCAUCCUCGACGAUUACGAAUGCCACCGAAAGUUUCCGACCGCUACUAGAUCGGAUAUCGCCAUUUCUUCCCCACGCACCAUUCCGACCGGAAGCAUCACCCUUCUUUCCGAUUCCUUUCGCGCUUCCUCCAGUGACAUUGGGACUUGUGCCACCCAGCAGCAAACAUCCGGACAACCAUCAACACGAGCAACACGAACCGAUCGACCUGUCUAUGAAGUCGAAGUCAUCCUCCUGCUCCGGAUCACCGCUGGGAUCCAGCUCACCCUUGCUGGAGCCAACGGAACCCACCGAUCUACUUCCGAUGGCUGCAAGCCCACCUCGGCCGGUUCCAUUGGAUCUCACUUUUGGUAGGGCGAAAGCUCUAUCCGGGUGAAUUUUAUUAAAAUCCUAAAGAGUUGGUUUUAAAAUAGUGUUACAAUGUAGCAAACACUCGUGAAAAUUGUGUUCGGAAAAUUGAUUGAACGAUAAUGAUAUACCAAAAGUGCCAAAACGAUCUUUGAUAAUGUUAUUGUAUUCUUCGAUAAAUAAGCAGAACUCCUCGCAUUGUAAAAAAAAACAAAAACUGAAAGAAAAGAAAAAUCGGCACAGCUGGCGAAAGAAUUUAAAUUAAUACAAGAAAUAAGUCUUACAGUUUUAAAUUCUAUUUUUGAUAAAAUUUUAUAAACUCUGUUUGAGACUUGAAAAAAGAGUGCUAACCACUACAAUGCUUGAGCUUUAAGUAUUGUGAAUCAAGUAACUAUUUGCCAGUACAGUACAGGGGAUAGUUGAAGCCAGUUUAAAUGGUAAAUUAAUAAAGCAACAAUAAAAGACGAGAAUUGAAUGAUUUGAACAAAACUAAAGUUUCGCUGUAUCACUGGAAUCAAUGAAAAAAUUCUAAAAAAAUUCUAUAGUUUGAAAAAAUUGCCAGUCUAAAAGUGAAAAAAAAAUACAAUAAAACCAGUUCAACUUAAAUAGACAGUUACAUUUGAGCCACGAAUAAAUUUAUUGUUAUUAUGUUUUUCAAAACAUGAAACAAUUUGAGGAGAACCUAAGAUAUGUCUGAAAUAUAUUUUUUCAGAAACAAAAUCACUAAAGUU